UACAGGUGCCGUGAAAUCAGAUACUUCAAACAUUUGCCAUCGACCAGUGUCAUCAUACCCUUUUUCGACGAGCACUGGACCACUUUGCUACGGACCAUCUACAGUGUUUUAAACCGGUCUCCGGUCUCCAUACUCAGAGAGAUAAUUCUCGUCGAUGAUGGAAGUACGAAACCAUUUCUCAAAACACAGCUUGACGAUUAUAUAGAAAACCAUCAGUUGGACCGUGUUCAGGUCAUUCAUCUUCCGGAGCGCAAAGGACUUAUCACAGCUCGGUUAGAAGGAGCUAAAGUAGCUACAGGAGAUGUGCUCAUAUUUUUGGAUUCCCACAUCGAAACAAGUACCAACUGGCUGCCACCGUUGCUAGAACCCAUCGCUCAGGAUCAUCGCACCUGUACCUGUCCUUUCAUCGAUGUCAUUAAAGACGACACAUUUGAGUUCGUUCCACAGGAUGAAGGAGCUAGAGGAUCUUUUGAUUGGAACAUGCUGUACAAAAGGCUUCCGCUGCGUCCAGAAGACAUGAAAGAUCCAGUCAAACCCUUCCCAAGUCCAGUAAUGGCCGGUGGUUUGUUUGCGAUCAGCUCUGAUUUCUUUUGGGAACUCGGUGGUUACGACGAGGAACUGGAAAUAUGGGGUGCGGAGCAGUAUGAGCUAAGCUUCAAAAUAUGGAUGUGUGGUGGUCGAAUGGUAGAUGUACCCUGUUCCAGGGUAGGUCAUAUAUAUCGUAGUUACUCUCCGUUCCCCAAUGUCAAAACAUAUGAUUUUGUCGCCAGAAAUCACAAACGUGUUGCCGAAGUGUGGAUGGAUGAAUAUAAACAAUUUGUUUAUGGCAAAGAUCCCGUCAAGUACUCCGUCGACGCUGGAGAUGUCUCAAAGAUGAAGCGACUGCGUCAGAGACUGAAUUGCAAAUCAUUCCGUUGGUUCAUGGAGGAAGUAGCUCCAGACUUGGUGGAAUGGUAUCCUCCAAUCGAACCGGAAGAUUUUGCUUCGGGCGCCAUUCAAAGCCUUACAAACCUAGACCAGUGUUUCCAAGUUAAAGAAAUUAAUGGGCAAAAAAAAGUCAUGCUAUCAACGUGUGCUGUAAAUAAAACAGCUCCUGAAAUCAAUGAGCAGUACUUUCGUUUCACGUGGCGGCGCGAUAUCAGGGCAAUGCACACGUCAAGCUGCGUUGAUGUUUCCAAUCACCAUAGCGGUGCUGAGCUCCAACUAUUUCAAUGCCAUAACUUACAAGGCAAUCAAAUGUUCCGGUACGAUGUGAAUACGAAACAUAUCUAUGUCGGAAAAGAUGCCACUUACUGUUUGGAAGCCGAUCUCCACAACCAGAAGGUUAUACUAAAUUACUGUAGCGCAACCAUCGAAUUUCAACGUUGGAAAAUCGGCCAGAUUAAUCUGGAGCAUCUCAAGAACUGGAAACAACACGGAGCCAAAUUAAAAGAUUAG